UUGUUGGGUGUUUGAGGUCAUUCAGACCCUCACUCAUUCACUCGAUCGGCGUGAGUAGGAAGAGGACCGGGCAGCCGCUCACGGCUUUUUUUAUUUUUAUUUUCUGGCAGGGAACGACUGUGACUAUUACACGGCAGGCCGCAAGAUUGGCUUUUGCUCACUUAUUCGACUCCGCGACUGCGCCACACUCGAGGCUAGCAUCGCAGGCUAGCUCAAGGUGUUGAUAGUGGCUUGCCUGGCAGCUCGUUAACCGUCAACGUCGGAGUCCCUGCUGUGGCGUCGAGACGUCCGCAGCCGCGUGUCCGUCCGUGGUGUUGACGCCGCCGGCGUCGAGACGAGAGCAGAGCACGGUGCUCCGCGAAGUGGCGCCUGCGUCGAUUCAGUUGACACCAUCACACCCGUCUGCCCCCAACCCCUUCACCUCCCGCCCCUCCACCCGAAACACUGGACAUCCACAAGCGGCCGGGGAGCGGCGAACUGCCGGCGAAGCUGGGGCUGCUCUCGUUACCCGACGCGCACGGAGUCGUAGCGGCUUCGGACAAGCACAGCCGUGGGGAGCUACCGACGAGUAUGGACGGGCUGGCCGUGGAAGUUCGCGGCUCGAAUGGGGCCUUCUAUAAGGGGUACAUCAAGGAUGUCCACGAUGACUCGCUCACCAUUGUGUUUGAAAACAACUGGCAGCCAGAGCGACAGUUACCCUUCAGCGACGUGCGGUUGCCGCCUCCAGCCGACUACAACAAGGAAAUCGGCGAAGGAGAGGAGGUGGAGGUUUACUCUCGGGCUAAUGAACAGGAGCCAUGCGGCUGGUGGCUCGCCCGGGUCCGAAUGAUGAAAGGGGAGUUUUACGUGAUCGAAUAUGCGGCAUGCGACGCCACCUACAAUGAGAUUGUGACAGCAGAACGCAUCAGGCCUCUCAACCCGAACAGCCCUUCCUCGCAAAAUUCCUUCCACAAAGUCACCAUCCCUGUCCCCGAGGACCUGCGGGACAUCUGUGCAGGCGACAACAUUCAUAAAGACUUUCGGAAAGCUAUCGGCGCCAACUGCAUCUUCUUCAGUGCCCAAACACAUGAGCUCAUUGUGCUGUCAACAAAUGAAACCACAGUAAAGCGCGCCACCAUUCUCAGCGACAUGCAUUUCCGCAGCAUCCGUACCAAGCUUAUGCUAAUGUCCCGCAACGAGGAAGCCACCAAACAUUUGGAGACAAGCAAGCAGUUAGCUUCAGCAUAUCAGGAGGAGGUUCGUGUCAGAGAGGACCUGAUGGGCCUUGCCAUCGGCUCUCACGGGGCAAACAUCCAGCAGGCCCGCAAAGUACCCGGUGUCACCGCUAUUGAGCUGGAAGAAGAGAGUUGUACCUUCAGGAUCUACGGAGAAAGUCCAGAGGCAGUAAAGCAGGCAAGAGAGUAUCUUGAAUUUAAAGAAGACUACUUUCAGGUACCCAGGAACCUUGUCGGCAAAGUCAUCGGAAAGAACGGCAAAGUCAUACAGGAGAUCGUGGACAAGUCGGGCGUGGUCCGUGUCAGGAUCGAGGGAGACAACGACAAAAAGCUUGCCCGCGAGGAGGUAGGCAGGCAGGGGGCAGGCAGCGACGACACUGCCAGCAGCAAAGAGGGCAUGGUUCCGUUCGUGUUUGUGGGGACGAAGGAGAACAUCAGCAACGCGCAGGCUCUGCUGGAGUACCACGUGUCUUACCUCCAGGAGGUGGAGCAGCUGCGCAUGGAGCGUCUCCAAAUUGACGAGCAGCUCCGGCAGAUUGGGGUGGGCUACCGCGCGCCUCAAAAUCGAACCGUGCCCGUCGGGACCGACCGAGAGAAAGGCUACCUGACCGACGAGAGCAGCAACUCGCUCCACACUUCUCGCACCUACGGGGGGCGCGGGAGAGGACGCAGGGCCUCCAACGGCGUGUACUCUGGAUACGGCACAAACUCUGAGCUGUCCAAUGCCUCGGAGUCUGAGGACCUAAACGAGCGCGACCAGCGGCCCCGCGGUGUUGGCGGAGAGGAGCGAAGUUCCAGGCGGGCCGGUCGGGGUCGGGGUGCCAACUCUGGACGAGGACGCGGCGGGCCAGGGUCCAAACCGGCCAACACGAUCAGCUCAGUGCUGAGGGACCCAGACAGUAACCCUUACGCCCUACUGGAUGGCGAGGGGGAGCCGGCUGACGCCGACGUCAGCGAAGGCGCAGGAGACCGCCGCAGACGCUCCCGUCGCCGCCGGAGCGACCAGGAGCCCAGCGUGAUGGACGCCGCGGCAGAGUCGGACGGCCAGGCCGGGCCCAGUGAGAACGGGCUGGAUGACGAGGCCCGACCUCAACGCCGCAACCGAAGCCGCCGCCGCCGCAACCGUGGCGGUCGCACCGAGGGAGGCUCGGCCAGCCGCGAUAGGCAGCCAACUGAUAGUGUGACCGUCGCUGACUACAUAUCCCGUCCCGAAUCCCAGAGCAGACAGAACCUUCCCUUGAAGGAAAACCACACUGGCCCCGAGCCCAAGGAGAAUGGGACCAGCAGCAAAACGGACGAGCAAAGGUCUUCUCAGCGUUCUCCAAGCAAAGGCAUGACACCAGCCAGCGAGACUGUAACGUUGGUCAAUGGCGUCUCGUAAUGAGACCGCCUCACCCCUCGCGAAACCAAGUCUCGAGCAAGAAGACUCCAUGGCAAACUGUCCCUGCUUGCAUUAACUUAAACCUGAAACAAAUGAGUGAAAAGUACCUGACAAAAUUCCCGAAUUCAUACGAUGAGAGUGGAAAAAAACCGACGCAUCAACUUAAAAACCCACGGUGUAUGCUAUAUACUAUCUAUUAGUACUUAGUGCUUAUUUAAAAACACAAAAAAAAACAAAAAGUAGCUUGCCAAAAAAUGACUGGUGGAUAUGACUUGAGUUUUAAGGAAAAUACUGAGACACAGCAAAAACGACUAGAUUUUCUCGUCUCUCUCUUAUGUUGAUUUCCUUCAUUGUUUUUCACUGGUUUGGACUGGGCAGCCACAGACUGCGUCUCUUGACAGUGUUGAAGUGCAGGCGCGAGAGGUGUCAACUGUUGCAGAGUGACACACAGGCAGAUAGUCCAAUGUGUCGCAGUGUUCACACUCAGAGGCUGGAAUAUUGAUCGACAUUGUGCCUUGAAUUAAAAAAAGAAAAAAAAGAAAAAAAAAAAAAAAAAAAGUUUUUGUUUUCAUCAUGGGAAGAAAAGUGGGAGGUGGUGUUCUGUUUUUAUUUUGGUCCCAAGGAGAGAACUGACUGGUGAGGGAGGGCUAGAGUCACAAAAGUGAGGAAGAUACAGUAGUACUACUGGGGUGGGGGGGGGGGGACAAGUUAGGUGCCAAUUGACAGAUUUCAAGGCACUUUCCUCAUUCCAAAUAGAAUGGACAACAUGGAGGUUCAGAGCAUGGAAAUGUAUUUAGCAACUGCAAAACUAAACCCGGAGGGCUGAAAAUGUGACACAGCCAAGGCAUCCUAAUUUAUCAGCAAGGGGGUUUGAGGUGAUGCGUCACCUCCUCUUCUCACUUGUUUUGAGGUCCAAAGCGGUGGCCGGGACGCCUUUCUGAACGUGACAAAUAGAGACUUCAACAGUAGACACAAAAGAGAAGUAGCGCUAGCUUUCAGCCACAAUCUCGAAAAACCACGGCGGCCCGGAACUCCAGAUGCACACGUGGGGCGACCGCCUUUUCGGGGGCCGUAUGCUGCCGGUGGGCCAGGCCUGGGUGACUAAGAACUGCUGCGGGGUUGGGACAGCUUCAAAUGAGAUGAGAGCCACAUAUGCGAACACAUAAACAAAAACCAGGCGCAACAACAGGUGAUUGCCCGCCUGGCGCAAAAGUAGAGGGGCGCAACACAAGGUGUUUUGGGUUGGGCAAGGGGCGUAAGAGAGGGACUCCUCAGUGGCUCUCUGCUCAUGUUACUGUUGUCUUGGUUACCACUCUUUUUUUGUUGCUAUUUCCACAUCUUAGAAAAUAUGAAAUAAAAAAUGGAAGUGAAAUCAACCCCUAUUCUGGAGAUGAACUUUUGAUUUCUCUGUCUUGUGGGUUUGCAGUCUAUUUUUCUAACUUGCAUGACACUAAGGCUUACCAUUAGUAGGUGGUGCCGAUCCUGUGCAUGAAGAGCGGAUGUUGUGAAUCUGACUUACAAAGCCAUUGGUUUCAUCCAAUCCAAUUGCUGCUAACGUCCACGCUGAAUGUCCAAGUAGAGCGAGAGAAGGGCGGUUGUUGGUUCCUUGGCUCGCAACUUCCACACUUUCCCAUACAACAUUAGCAGGGCAACAUUUAGGCAUACCAUGCAAGCAUCCACAUGACCAAAACGUUUUGAGAGGCAGAGAAACGGGAGUGCGUUUGAAUUGAGAUGACUCAUGCUGCUUGUUCGACAUUACUGUUCACCUGUGUGUUGUGUUUUUAAGAGUGUGAGAGAGCACUUGUACCUUUUUUGUUUCGGUUGCAUGUGCGCGAGUUUGUGUACAUUUAUACCUCAUUGUGUGAGUACUGUAGUCCCUUAUGUAUCUGUAACCCUCAUGUCCUGUUGAAAGGCUGCUGGUUGCAGUGUGUGUGUGUGUGUGUGUGUGUGCGUGUGUGUGCCCGCGCGCUGGUUGUACAGUCUACUUCUUUGUCAGAUUUUGUCUCUGCAUUCGUGUACUGAUGGCAAUAAAGGACUUUUCAUUAUUUGGUAUACAAGAUUGACAAACUCACCCUUUUUCCCUUAUUUUAUGCGAUUGGGUCAGUGAAGUAGUCGAGAGG